ACUUGGAGCCAUUUCUCUUUCUUCAGAUAAGUUUACAGAGGUUUUGGCGAUGUUACUUCAGCUCCCACGGUUAGCACACUCCCUCAGAGACCCAUUCGAUGUCGACCAGGCUUAUCUCCAGCGUAAAACCAUCUUCCAAAAUCUCAAACCCCCCAGGAAUGGAAACUCUCAUGAUGGAUCAAAAUUGGCACGAAGAAUAGUUCAUCUAUGGGAUGAAGCGUCAAUUGAAGUGAGACAAGCUUACAGACAGUUUAUUGGGGCUGUCGUUGAAUUGAUGGGUGGAGAAGUGGAGUCUGAGGAGUUCUAUGAGUUGGCUUUGACAGCUUACCGUCUUUUCGCCAGGCCAGAGGGUAACAUCACGGUUGUUGAGAAGAAGCUGGAAUUGCAAAAUCUGCUUGGGUAUGCUGCCUCAGAUGCAGUCAUUACUAAAAUUGCCACCCUAGCACAGAGCCUUUAUCACUUGCAGCCUACAGCUAGUUUUGACUUCCUUGGUCCAGAGAAAAAGAUAAUUGGGGCUGAUGUGGAUGUUGAAUUUGGUGCUAACCUUGCAUUUCAACCCCCUAGUCGGUUUGUGGUUGACACAUCUUUUGAGGAUGUGGACUUAGUGGGAGAGGAAAUCAUGCCAUCUUUAUAUCUCCUUCAACAAGGAUGGGGUGAUAAUGGUGACUUAACUGGGAAAGAAUUAAGUGCUAAAGGUAUGCAAUUUGAUCUCUGGUGGUUGAGAGAUGCUUGUGCCAAAAUGGUGAGACAAAGUACAUCCCAACUUUCUCAAGAUGAACUAGCAAUGGCCAUAUGUAGGGUUCUCGAUUCAGAGAAACCUGGUGAUGAGAUAGCUGGUGACUUAUUGGAUCUUGUUGGGGAUAGUGCCUUUGAAACAGUUCAAGACCUAAUAUCACACAGAAAGGAACUUGUUGAUGCCAUACAUCGUGGAUUGCAAUUACUCAAAUCAAAUAAGACUGCCACAAAUACACAACCACGCCUGCCUAGUUAUGCAACUCAGGUAACAGUACAAACAGAAACUGAACGCCAAAUUGAUAAACUUCGACGCAAGGAGGAAAAACGUAAUAGACGGGGGACAGAUUAUGGAGUUGAAGACUUGUCCACCAUAAGUUUUAGCUCUUUGCUUCAAGCAAGUGAUAAUAAAGGUGUAUUUGAUGAUCUGGUGGGUGCUGGUGAAGCGUUGACUGCACCUGCCCUUCCACAAGGUACAGUUAGGAAUCAUUUCAAAGGUUAUGAAGAAGUUAUUAUCCCUCCAUUACCAACCGCACCCAUGAAACCUGGGGAGAAAUUGAUUGGGAUAACGGAGUUAGAUGACUUUGCUCAAGCUGCUUUUGAGGGAUACAAGUCCCUGAACCGUAUCCAGAGUAGAAUAUUUCAUACCACAUAUCACACUAAUGAGAAUAUACUUGUUUGUGCUCCAACAGGAGCUGGUAAAACAAAUAUAGCUAUGAUUGCAGUGCUGCAUGAGAUUGGACAGCACUUCAAGGAUGGUUACUUGCAUAAAAAGGAUUUCAAGAUAGUUUAUGUUGCUCCAAUGAAGGCAUUAGCUGCAGAGGUAACAUCUACUUUUGGCCGUCGUUUAUCCCCACUGAAUAUGAUAGUCAAAGAGCUCACAGGGGACAUGCAACUUUCCAGGAGUGAACUUGAAGAAACUCAGAUGAUUGUGACAACACCUGAGAAAUGGGAUGUAAUAACUCGUAAAAGCAGCGAUAUGUCACUCUCGAUGCUGGUGAAACUAUUAAUUAUAGAUGAAGUACAUUUACUCAAUGAUGAUAGAGGUCCUGUAAUUGAAGCCUUGGUAGCUCGGACUCUUCGACAGGUGGAAUCCACACAGUCAAUGAUCCGCAUUGUGGGUCUUUCAGCUACACUGCCAAAUUAUUUGGAGGUUGCAGAAUUUCUGAGGGUGAACCCAGACACUGGUCUUUUCUAUUUUGAUUCCAGCUACCGUCCUGUGCCUCUUGCACAACAAUAUAUUGGCAUCAGUGAGCAUAACUUUCAAGCACGGAAUGCUCUGUUGUCAGACAUAUGCUACAAGAAGGUUGUUCAAUCAUUACACCAAGGGCAUCAGGUUAUGGUCUUUGUUCAUUCAAGGAAGGAUACAGGAAAGACAGCUAAUAAGCUGGUUGAUGAUGCAAAGUUGAAUGGCGAUUUUGCGUUAUUUAGCACUGAAACACAUCCACAGUUUGGACUUAUCAAGAGGGAUGUUUUGAAGUCUAGAAACAAAGAGCUUGUUCAGCUUUUUGAGUCCGGUGUUGGCAUCCAUCAUGCUGGAAUGUUGCGAGCUGAUAGAGGGUUGACUGAACGCUUGUUCUCUGAUGGACUGUUGAAGGUACUUGUUUGCACUGCAACCUUAGCAUGGGGAGUCAAUCUACCUGCUCACACGGUUGUGAUUAAGGGAACUCAAUUAUAUGACCCAAAAGCUGGUGGAUGGCGAGAUCUUGGUAUGCUUGAUGUGAUGCAAAUCUUUGGACGUGCUGGUAGACCUCAAUUCGACAAAAGUGGUGAAGGCAUUAUAAUCACCACUCAUGACAAAUUAGCUUACUAUCUACGGCUUUUGACAUGCCAACUGCCCAUUGAAAGUCAGUUCAUCAGUUCGCUGAGGGACAAUUUGAAUGCUGAAGUGGUUCUAGGGACUGUGACAAAUAUGAAGGAAGCCUGUGCUUGGCUAGGAUAUACCUACCUUUUUAUUAGGAUGCAAAAAAAUCCUUUAGCAUAUGGUAUUGGAUGGGAUGAGGUGGUUGCAGAUCCAUCUUUGACAAUAAAACAAAGAGCCUUUGUGGCAGAGGCUGCACGAGCACUUGAUAAAGCAAAAAUGAUGCGUUUUGAUGAGAAGAGCGGGAAUUUCUACUGUACUGAGCUUGGUCGGAUAGCCAGUCACUUCUACAUUCAGUAUUCCAGUGUUGAGACUUAUAAUGACAUGUUAAGGCGUCACAUGAGCGACAGUGAGGUAAUUGAAAUGGUUGCUCAUUCUUCUGAGUUUGAAAAUAUUGUUGUUCGAGAAGAAGAACAAAAUGAGCUAGAAAAGUUGAUCCGAUCAUUUUGUCCUCUGGAAGUUAAGGGUGGGCCAGCAAAUAAACAUGGGAAAAUCUCAAUUCUCAUACAGGUCUAUAUUUCUCAUGGGUCUAUUGAUUCUUUUUCGUUGGUGUCUGACGCGUCAUACAUAAGUGCAAGUUUGGCAAGAAUAAUGAGGGCAUUAUUUGAGAUUUGCUUGCGCAGAGGAUGGUGUGAGAUGACUUCUUUCCUAUUAGAUUAUUGCAAGGCUGUGGAUCGUCAAAUAUGGCCCCACCAACAUCCUCUUAGACAGUUUCAUAUGGAUAUUUCUGGUGAAAUAUUGAGAAAGCUUGAAGAGCGAGAUGCAGAUUUAGAUCAUCUUAGGGACAUGGACGAGAAAGAUAUUGGAGCUUUGAUACGUUAUGCACCUGGAGGAAGAAUGGUUAAGCAAUAUUUAGCAUACUUCCCUUCAAUCCAGUUGUCUGCCACAGUUAGUCCAAUAACCAGAACUGUCUUGAAGGUGGACUUGCUUAUAUCACCAGAUUUCAUAUGGAAGGAACGAUCUCAUGGUGGUGCACUUCAUUGGUGGAUUUUAGUAGAGGAUUCUGAGAACGACCAUAUCUACCACUCAGAUUUCUUCACAUUGACAAAGCGGAUGGCAAAGGGAGAAGCACAGAAGAUUUCAUUCACUGUGCCGAUUUUUGAACCACAUCCUCCUCAAUAUUACAUUCGCGCUGUUUCUGAUUCUUGGUUGCAUGCUGAGGCUCUAUGUACAAUAUCAUUUCAGAAGCUAACACUUCCUGAGGGCCGAACAAGUCAUACAGAAUUGCUCGACUUGAAACCUCUCCCAGUAACUGCAAUUGGCAACGAAAAGUAUGAAACCUUGUACAGAUUCUCACAUUUCAAUCCUAUCCAGACACAGGCUUUUCAUGUUCUGUAUCAUACCAAUGAGAAUGUACUGUUGGGUGCUCCAACUGGAAGUGGUAAAACAAUAUCUGCAGAACUUGCAAUGCUUCAUCUAUUUAACACACAACCUGACAUGAAGGUUAUCUACAUAGCUCCACUAAAGGCUAUUGUCAGGGAAAGGAUGAAUGAUUGGAAGAAGCGCCUUGUUUCUCAACUUGGAAAAAAGAUGGUUGAGAUGACUGGAGAUUAUACUCCAGAUUUAGCAGCUCUCUUGUCAGCCGAUAUCAUUAUUUCAACACCUGAAAAAUGGGAUGGAAUUAGCAGGAAUUGGCACAGUAGAAGCUAUGUCACGAAGGUUGGACUAAUGAUUUUGGAUGAAAUCCACUUACUUGGAGCUGAUCGUGGGCCCAUUCUUGAGGUUAUUGUGUCAAGGAUGAGAUAUAUAUCAUCACAAACAGAUCGUACCAUUCGCUUUGUGGGACUAUCAACAGCCUUGGCAAAUGCCCAUGAUUUAGCUAACUGGCUGGGUGUUCCAGAACCUGGAUUGUUCAAUUUCAAGCCUAGCGUGAGGCCUGUGCCUCUUGAAGUUCAUAUUCAGGGAUAUCCAGGGAAGUAUUACUGCCCUCGAAUGAAUAGCAUGAACAAGCCCUCAUACGCUGCUAUAUGCACCCAUUCUCCUACCAAACCUGUUUUAAUAUUUGUAUCUUCUAGACGACAAACAAGGCUUACAGCACUAGAUCUAAUUCAGUUUGCUGCUUCAGAUGAACAGCCAAGACAGUUUCUGAAUAUCCCAGAAGAUGCACUACAGAUGGUUCUAUCACAGGUUACUGAUCAGAAUUUAAGGCACACUCUACAAUUUGGUAUUGGAUUGCAUCAUGCAGGACUGAAUGACAAGGAUAGGUCUUUGGUUGAGGAACUUUUCGGGAACAAUAAAAUCCAGGUAUUAGUUUGUACUAGUACAUUGGCAUGGGGUGUUAACCUCCCAGCACAUCUGGUUAUUAUCAAGGGUACUGAAUUCUAUGAUGCAAAAGCAAAACGUUAUGUGGAUUUUCCAAUUACAGAUAUCUUGCAAAUGAUGGGUCGUGCUGGUCGGCCACAAUACGACCAGCAUGGUAAAGCUGUUAUUCUGGUUCAUGAACCUAAAAAGAGCUUCUACAAAAAGUUUCUAUAUGAACCUUUCCCUGUCGAAAGUAGUCUCAAAGACCAAUUGCAUAAUCAUCUAAAUGCUGAGAUAGUUUCUGGGACAAUUUGUCACAAGGAAGAUGCAGUGCAUUACCUCACUUGGACUUAUCUCUUCCGCAGACUGAUGGUCAACCCUGCUUAUUAUGGCUUGGAGGAAACUGAAUCUGGAAGUAUCAGUUCUUACUUGUCAAGCCUGGUUGAGAGCACAUUUGAGGAUUUGGAGGACAGUGGAUGUAUAAAGAUCGAUGAUGAUGGUGUGACGCCUAUGAUGUUGGGUUCAGUUGCAUCUCAAUAUUAUCUUAGUUACUUAACUGUGUCGCUGUUUGGUUCAAAUAUUGGUCCAGACACUUCUCUUGAAGUUUUCCUUCACAUACUGUCUGGUGCAUCUGAAUAUAACGAGCUCCCUGUGCGGCAUAAUGAGGAAAACUACAAUGAAGAACUAUCAAAGAAACUUCCACUUAUGGUGGAUAAGAAUCGCCUUGAUGAUCCACAUGUUAAAGCAAAUUUACUUUUUCAGGCCCACUUUUCUCAGCUAGAACUACCAGUCAGUGAUUAUGUGACCGACCUGAAGUCUGUUUUGGAUCAAAGCAUACGUAUCAUACAAGCAAUGAUAGAUAUAUGUGCUAAUAGUGGGUGGCUCACAAGUACAUUGAAUUGUAUGCGUCUUCUACAAAUGGUCAUGCAGGGUCUUUGGUUUGAUAAGGAGCACUCUGCGCUUUGGAUGGUGCCAUGUAUGACAGAUGAUAUUGUGGGCGCUUUACGUGAAAGAGGCAUUUCUGGUGUGCAACAACUUCUUGAGAUUCCAAAGUCAGAUUUACUCUCUAUCGUUGGUAGUUCAACAGGUUCAAGAUUAUACCAGGACUUGGAGCAUUUUCCUCGCAUUCAAGUUAGAGUAGAGUUUCAGGGGAAAAAAUCUGGUACUAGUACAAAGUCGUCUUUGUUUCUGAAUAUAAGAUUAGAGAAAUUGAAUUCCAGGCGCAAAACAUCAAGAGCUUUUGUCCCAAGGUUCCCAAAGUUAAAAGAUGAGGCAUGGUGGCUGCUGGUGUGUAAUAGUUCAACUUCUGAAUUAUAUGGUCUGAAGAGGGUUUCUUUCAACUCGAACCAUUUAGUCACGAAAAUGGAGUUUCCAUCAACUUCAAUAGCUGUCAAGGGAAUGAAGCUGAUGUUGGUCUCUGAUUGUUAUAUUGGAUUUGAAAAGGAAUAUUCCAUUGAACAUUUUCAUCAACGUGGACAGUAGCAAGAAAACACCCACUUGUUUAUUUAUUGUAAAAUUUUUGUUUGAUACAUAGGAGUUGUGUUCUAUUGUUUUUGGUCAUAAGAUUUUAUAAUUGUUAUGAAUUAUGAUUAUAGAACAAUAAUUUUGUAUUU